AUGGCUGAUGCGGCCAAUAAUAAAAAAAAGGCUGAUACGGCCAAUCAAGAAGAGGCUCAACUGAAGUGGGCCCGUUUGCGCUCGAAGUGGCAGCAGGCAUGCGAGCUGCCUGGCCAUGGGACUUGGCUGGAUGUGAAGCUCGCACCUUGGGGUGUUGGGUGCAAAGCUUGCAAAGCAGCUGGACUCACAGGCAGCCUUGCCCAGUACAGGGUGAGGACGACAGCUGGCCUCCAGAUGCAGAACUUCUUGAAGCAUCAGAAGAGCGCAAGCCACAAGGAGGCAGUGUCACAGUUUGUGGGCGGUUCCAGCUCCACUGAAGUUGGAGCUCCCCCACCUCAGAGCUUUGAAGCACUUAUAGACGAGAUUUCGGCUGGAAGGCCUCCUGGCUGCAGAAAGAACAGGCAAAUGACUUUUUGCUUGGCUGAAGCCGCAAAAGCUCUAGACCAGGACUUCGUGGCCAAGGCUUCAAAGGUGUGUCUCUUCAGAGACGAGCGAAAAGGACGGUUGCUGCUCAGAUUCCGGGCUGUUGACAAAAACCUGCUUGUCCGAAGUGGCACCAUGGGGUUGGCUAUCCAGCCAGGCACAGGGGCGAGGAACAUUACUGAAGCGACUCGAAAGAUCAUGAAACGAUUUUGCACGCGCUUCGCAGGCUGCCCCAACUCAUCACGCAAAGACAAGAAGGCAAAGCCUUUCCUGAAAGUGAAACUCUUCAAGCACCUUACAGAGUCUGUUACUUGCAUCGCAGUUGACGCCGCCGCAGAUGAAGUUCUGAGCUCUGAGCUCAUGCGUGCUUCGGCGUGGAACGGCAGCCAACAGAAGCUGACUCCCAAUCUUCGCUUCGUGGUUCGUGACAAGGCACACGCCAGUCGCCGAAUUACGUCUCGUCCUUGGAGUGCGGAUGAUGUGCUUAAAGAUGUUAUGCAGUUCAUGUGCGGCGGCCGGCAUUCUAUUGCUAAGUUGCUUCAAUUUAGCGAAGAAAUCAAGCGUAUAUUCGUGGAAUUUACAACGAGCACCGACACGGUGCUAAAGCGGGCAGUCUCCAAUUUUCGUGCUGCUGCACAUCGCUUCGAAUCACACGCUAAACCACUUGGCCGCACAUGCCUCUACAUUCAUGCUUGUAUCAGAACAGCUCUGCGCCUUACCAAGACUCGCAGCGACGCAAGUGGGCAAAAGGCAAAGGCAUGGCUCGUGUGGCUGUCGGAAGAACGGGCUCUUCUGGCAGCGAUGUUGGCUGAUGCGGCCGACUCGCGGCUGACUCGGCUGAUGGACACUGAGAGAGUUGAUCCGGCCAUGCUGUGCCGCGAGGUGUCUUUGUAUAUGUCUUCUGUGAAGGCACUGUUCCUGCAUGGUGCUUGCUUUACGGAAUUCGGCUUUACAUCGACGAUGUUGGAGACACUGAAAACACCCAUCGUUUUUCAGUUGGGUUCUGAAACGAAAAGCUUUGGUGACAGCAGCGGUGUGCCCGAGGAGAUCAAACAGCGGUGCCUGGCCAGGAUGCAAGCAUGGCUUAAACUUGCUGAAGCGGCGGUAGCUGCGGAAUUUCCUUCCUUCGAGAUUGCUCAGGCUUUCGACGUGUUCGACCUCAGCGGUGUCUCUCACAACGCCGACGAGAAGCUCCAGCGGGUCGCCAAAGCCUGCAACCUGGACGCGCAGGCGCUGAAAGCACAGUGGCGGGAUGUGUUUCCACGCGCCGAGAGGCUUCUGAAACAGAGCACGGACGUGAAUGCCAAGAACAAAGAUGCAUGGGCCUUGGCUUUGGACCGUUUAUGCCAACAUCACUAUACGAAAGGCCAACACCCGGUCGAAAUCCUCAGAGAAGCAUUGAUCCAGUACUUUUCUUUUGGGGCCAGCAGUUCCGGUGUUGAACAAAGCUUUUCAAAGUCCCAAUGGGGCUUUGGCACACGCAGAAAUUCUGCUCUUCAUUCCACUGAGGAAUUUUCAGUCAAGGCUUUACUUGACCUUCCGACUGUUGCGGCCUCGCAAAAAGACCGGCUGAUUCGGCUGGCUCGGCUGACCUGGGUGAGCUGCUUCGGCCAGUCAAGGUCAUCAACGGCAGAAAGGGUAGACAAAGGCAGCAAAAGAAAAACCGAAGACGAAGAAGCUAAGCCUGCAACGGAGGCUGCUUUUUUGCGCAAGCGCCGACGUGGUGAGGCGCUGGCUGCUGGGCGCAUGGAAGGCAACUCUGAUGUUGCUCUUGACCUGCACGAGCAAGUUUGGACACAAAAGCACCAGAAGGAACUGGAAUUUCAACAGAGGAAGAGGAAGAUGCGAAAGCUUCAAGCCUUCUCCGAGAAUUCUUUGCUGCAGUGCGAAAUAGAGGAUGGUAUGCAGCAAGAAUCCGAAGCAUGUCACAAAAACAUGAUACAAAGGGAAACCGCCCGUCGAACCAAAGAAAAAAAGAUGCUUCGGGCAGAAAAAGGCUGCUCGCGAGCCGACUUAAAGGCUGCCUGGGGAGGAAAGAAAGUUUAUCUGGCUGUUCCGGCCAAUAUGCACUUAGUGCAGGGAAUAUCAGACAUGGGCCUUGCGGUCACGAACCAAGCGUCCGCAGCGACAGUUAUUGUUUGUUCCAAGCCCGGACAUAUGCAAGACCCGCGGCUUCGAUUGCUUGCUGGGCUGCAAGGUUGCUAUGAAGUCGCUCCUUCAUUUUUUCUGACUGGUCAGGGCGCGGUACUGAAGAGGCGGGCGGCUGCUGCGAUCAAGCGAGUGCUCAUUGUGUCCAAGGCAUGCGCCAAAAAAUGUCCUAAGUUCUGGAGAUUCCUGCGAAGCUGCCUGCCGGAAAAUCACAAGUGGACAAUGGCCAAAACGGCUUUGUCCGCCAUUCGAGCAGCACACGGACGCUUUCCCGAAGAAAAACGUCUGGGUUGUCGUCCUUCCCGGCCAGCGAAAUCACCAGGACAUUCGAGGGCUCCCGAAUGUGUUCACGAUGCAGUCGUUGCCAAAGCGCAUCUGCAACGGCUUUGA